AGCAGCGCUCGGCUCCCCUCGGGAGGCACUGGGAGCAGUUGGAGGUUGGCGGCGCGUGAGGGCGGUGGUGUCCCACUGGGGUGCUAGCCCCGAGUGAGCCAGUCUGGCUGCGGCGGUUGCGCGCUCCGCCUCCUCCUCCCCGGUGCUGGUUGGUGUCGCUGGCUGCAGUGAUUGGAGUCCUGCUCCCCCCUCCCGCAUUCAGAGGGCUCUGGCCGGGCGUCGGGAUUGUGAGCGGUGGCGGCGGAGCCUGCGCCGUGUCCCCUCUCCUCGCGCCCCCGCCUCCACCCCCACCGUCUAGCCGGGCCGUGUGAGGCCAGGAGCCGCUCGCAGGGUGCACGGGGAGCGACCCCCAGCGAAGAGAAUGACGGACCCCUGCGACGGAUUAAUAGAAAUAUGCAUUGCUAUAAUAUCAUAUUGGAAUUGAUGAAGUGGAAAUACAGAUGAAGACAGUCUGAAGAAGAUUUUACAUAAAAUAUACUUCCAUCCAACUCCCCAACUGAGGAGACAAGUUGGAAUAUUUAUUAAAUCAUCACUACUGUCAGCCGCCAAAUCUCAUCAGGCUUCACUGAACAAACCACGUUUAAAAUUUGUCAAGCAGCAGGGCCAGUUGCUAAGGGUGACAGUGCACGGGAAGGAUUAAAAGUGAACUAUGACUCAACUGAAAGUAUACGUCAGAUUACUGGGAGCCUAUCUGUUCAUCAGUCUUCAUGUUCAAGGGCAAAAUCUAGACAGCGUGCUCCAUGGCACAGGAAUGAAGACAAAUCCUGACCAGAAGAAACAGGCAAAUGGAGUAACAUUGGCUCCCGAGGACACCUUACCUUUUCUACAGUGCUACUGUUCAGGACAUUGUCCGGAUGAUGCUAUUAAUAACACAUGCAUAACUAACGGGCAUUGCUUUGCCAUUGUUGAAGAAGAUGAACAUGGAGAACCCAUCCUUGCUUCAGGUUGCAUGAAGUAUGAAGGUUCAGAUUUUCAGUGCAAGGAUUCCCCAAAAGCACAGCUACGUCGGACAAUUGAAUGCUGUCGAACUGAUUUCUGCAAUCGGGAUCUACAGCCCACACUACCGCCACUUGGUAGUACAGAUGGACUUUUUGAUGGCAGCAUUCGUUGGAUGGCAGUGCUGAUUUCUAUGGCAGUCUGCAUCAUUGUUAUGAUCAUCUUAUUUAGCUGCCUUUGUUACAAACAUUACUGUAGAUGGGUAGCAAAAAGACGUUGUUAUAAUCGUGAUCUGGAGCAAGAUGAAGCAUUUAUUCCAGCCGGGGAGUCAUUAAAGGAUCUUAUUGACCAGUCACAGAGUUCUGGCAGUGGAUCAGGACUACCUCUGUUGGUUCAGCGCACUAUUGCCAAACAGAUUCAGAUGGUGCGGCAAGUUGGGAAAGGGCGAUAUGGUGAGGUGUGGAUGGGUAAAUGGCGCGGCGAAAAAGUGGCAGUCAAAGUAUUUUUUACCACUGAGGAAGCCAGUUGGUUCAGAGAAACUGAGAUUUACCAGACUGUUCUAAUGCGUCAUGAAAACAUACUUGGUUUUAUAGCAGCUGAUAUUAAAGGCACAGGCUCCUGGACACAACUUUACUUGAUUACAGAUUACCAUGAAAAUGGAUCCUUGUAUGACUUCCUGAAAUGUGCCACACUUGACAACAGGGCUUUGCUCAAACUGGCUUAUUCUGCUGCAUGUGGUCUGUGCCAUCUACACACAGAAAUUUAUGGGACACAAGGCAAGCCUGCUAUUGCACACAGGGACCUGAAGAGUAAAAAUAUCUUGAUAAAGAAAAAUGGAAGCUGCUGUAUUGCCGACCUGGGUCUUGCAGUGAAAUUUAACAGUGAUACGAAUGAAGUUGAUGUCCCUUUGAAUACUAGAGUGGGAACAAAACGUUACAUGGCCCCAGAAGUCCUAGAUGAAAGCCUAAAUAAAAAUCAUUUCCAACCAUAUAUCAUGGCUGACAUCUACAGUUUUGGCUUGAUCAUUUGGGAAAUGGCUCGGCGUUGUGUCACAGGAGGUAUUGUUGAAGAGUACCAGUUGCCAUAUUAUGACAUGGUGCCGAAUGAUCCAUCUUAUGAAGAUAUGAGAGAGGUGGUGUGUGUCAAGCGCCUACGCCCAGUGGUAUCUAACAGAUGGAAUAGCGAUGAAUGUUUAAGAGCAGUGUUGAAGUUAAUGUCUGAAUGCUGGGCCCACAAUCCUGCCUCUAGACUUACAGCCUUGAGGAUCAAGAAGACACUUGCCAAGAUGGUGGAAUCACAAGAUGUAAAGAUUUGACAGAAUAAUAUAGUACUGAGGAGCAGAGUUGGACUCCUAGAACUUUUCACCCUGAUAAGGGUGGGAACUAAGUGGGAAGAGGAAGCAACUGAGAUUCAGUCCACUUCCUCAUCUCACUUUUACAGGCUGCUAAUAUUAAAUCUUUCAGUACUUUGUAGAAUAUAAUGCUGAGAGUCUCUGUACACUACAUGCUACAUAUAUGGACAGCCUUGUUUUAAAUAUGCGUAUCAUUUUUGUUUUAAGCUGCAUUGAGACUUCAGUCACACUUAGUGAGUCUCCGGUGAAACUCUGGAUACUGAAUUGCUUUCUGUGAAAGCCUUAAAAAGCUAAAUGGAUUCAACAGAGAUGGAGAAAUAUAAGCUUUUUGCCUUCUACCUGAUAAAAACCUAGUUGGUUCAUACCAAGACUUUUUGAAAUAGCCUGUAGGUUAGGAAUCUGUUUGAGAUACUACUCAGUUUAACAGUUCCUAUGCCUUUUAUGGGUCUUUUAUGUGUGUGCCAGGAUUCUUUGGCUGUCAUUUGGGAUAGAUGAUAAUUUAAAUUCAUAGAAAGACUUAUGGUCAGGGCCCCAUAUGUUCCCAGAUUCCACAGUUUCAGGAUUUGCCACAGAAUUCAUCCCUCGACACAGAAUUGUGCUCCAGAAUCUCAAUUUUCAUUUUGAAAUAAUUACAUUUCUGUGCUGUUUUGGUUGCAAAGAGAACCUCAGAAAUGUGAACAGUGUAAACCAAUGUCCAUCUGAGGGCUUGUCUACAUGGUUCAGCAAUGCGCACACUAGAGGGGUGUGAUUUCUAAAGUAUACUGACUGAUCGAUGUAGAUCCUGCUGGCACACACUAUAAGUUUCCUAGGGUGCUUAAUGUACAUGCUGCUUGUUAACAUGCACUAGGAAACUUUUUAGUGUAUGCCAGCAGGGUUGUUGCAGGCCAGUAAGCGUGCAGCACGAGUGCAUUUUAGAAAUCACAUUUCUCUAGUGUGCAUUGCCUCACUGUGGAGACAGGCCCUGCGUCUGCAGAAAGCCUGAAACAGUGACUGAGAGGUGUGAUCUGCCUCGAUCAUUUCACUUGGGGCCCAGUAUGCUCCUUGAUUGUGUAGUUGUGGAAUUUGGCCUUUUUCAGGGUAUCACAGAAGUCAUCAUAUUUGCUGUAGACUUCACCAUUUUGCAGCAACCAGACCUUUGGCUUUCUGUUUUGUCUCUCUGUCCUGCUGGGACCUGUCUGCAGCUGCUUCAUGCUUUGCAUCUUUCCCCAUGAGAGGGAAUUAAAUGGAUUGCACUGCAUGCUCCUUUCACUAUUCUAUAGAACCAGGCAGGAGGGGAGGUCUGAGAGCCAGAGCUGGAGUCCAGUUUGCAGCUAGGGCCCACUCCCAGAAGUGCAGGCUGGGCAGCUAGGAAACUGAGAGUGUCAUCCAAGGCCUGGGGAACUGAGAUGAACCGCUGAAGCUGACUGGCAUGCAUGAGACAGGCAAAGGAGAUUCUGAGCUAGAUCAUCCUGACAGCAUCGUUACUGCUGGAGAUCUACUGGCCACCUAGAGGACACAUUGAAAAAACAUAAUCAAAUACUAUCAUUCCUGAAAAUCAUCGACGAAUUGUAAAUCAGUGAGUAUUUUCAACUGAAUCGGAUGUGUGUUGUUGGGUAUGGGGGAAAUGGGAUUGAAAGGGGUUUUAAUGGAGGUACAAUAAAUUAACAUUGCUGCAGGAUUUGGUCAAGGGUUGCUGUAUAAUAUGCAGUGCUGUGCAUAUGAUUCUGUACUGCAGCAACUAGCUAGUUACAUGAAAGCCAUUUGGCUUGCACGGGAAAUCAAAUUUCUGCUCCAUUUUUUGCUGACCAAGACAGGUUGAUAUAAAAGGCCAAAAAAACUAAAAUGAUUACUGUAAAGUUGGGUCAUUAGUUAUAUAUCAUUAAUUUUGUCACUGUUCGUUUGAAGUCAGAAAAAGCACCAUAACUCAAAUUUAAACUCCCAAUGCUGUGAAUCUUCUGAAGAUUAAAAAAAAAGUAUUGGAACAGUUCAGUUAAACCUAAUUUAAGUGCCUCUAACCUUGUACUGUAAACCUUGUUCUAGGUAAUUUUAAAAGGUAAGGUAUUUAUAUAGUGUGUAAUGUGCUCUAUUUUAAAACACCUGGUCAUAGGUACAUGUGUACACACAUGCUAUAGCCCAGAUUUGGAGGGGGGGGGGAAUUAGAAAUAAUGUUGAAAUUGUUCAGACGUAGCGAUUUCAUAUAAAGAUUUUUGAUAAAUUAUCUGUCGUCUUAAAAUGGGUACAUGGAGCCUGCUUUGAAAUUGUGUUAAAAUGUCUUUUGAAAAUACAAUAGAAAAUGUAGCUUAAUGAAGUUCCAAUAUGCAUUUGUGAACAACUGCAAAUAACUAUCUAACAUUGGGUUUUUUCACUUCUGUUCCAUAGUUUGCAAAAAGUAAGUGGUCAGGCAAAAGACUGCAGUAUUUUUUAUUUUCUGUUGUGAUGUACAGACUUUAUUUAACAAUGCUACAUAUUUUAUAGAAAACUAGUUAUCUCAAGGGACAUUUCUUUUUUAAAAUAAAGUCAUUACUUUUGUUCAUUAAAGCCUUUAAGUAUUAAUAUGUAUUCUCGUUGAACAAUUCAUGGGUGUGUCAAGUAUAAUUUUAACUUAUUUGAAGACAGCGGUAGACAAUAGUGUGCCACAAUUCUUAUGAAAAAAGGGCUUUAAAUUUUUUUCCCGUCCAUUGCCAAGAAAGAUAUAAGAUGAGGCGAAGUUGUUAAGCAUGUCUUUAUGCAUUAGUUUGCAUAGUACUCCUGGGGAAAUUCUGUGCCAAAAAUUAAAAAUUCUUCACACAGUAUUUUAAAGUUCUGCAAAAUUCUGCAUAUUUUAUUUGUUAAUAUAACACAAUAUAAUCACGCCGGUUUCAAUUAUUUUGGUAAUUUAUUUAAACUACAAUACAAUGGAUGGAGAAUGGGAGUGGGGAGCAUUGGAGGAAAUCCCCAAGCCCCCUCUGUCUAGUAGUAAUGUAGCUAGUAUUGACCCUUUACUUCUAGUUAUUAAUCAGCAAAUAUAUGCAGCCAUAUGCUCAGUGUUACAUCAUAGGCAAUUGAAGAGCAAGUGAGGGCUCAGACUCACAAUUUAUAUUGGCUACUGACCAUCUCCAGGAAGGUCAGUAGAAAACAGUUCAUGGAGCUCAUUUUGAUAGGAAAAUUUUUCAGUCAAAAAAUUUAGAUUAGUUCUAAUCACUAAAGCAUCAUAAGGAUUUAUAAGGCUAAUACAAUAAGGCUUAUUUACACCACUUUGGGAAUAUAAAGGAGCCUUAAAUUUUUUACACCUGUUUUAUACUCCUGGGGAAUUUACUAAGAACAAUGGGAACAAUUCACUAAGCAGGCAGGCUGCUACAUUCUACUCUGCCUGUGGGGACAGAGCCUGCUGCACAUCUACCUUCUCAGAAACACCCCAAAGCCUUGCCCCUUCAUGCCGAGCAUUCCACAAUAGCAAGCAAGAGGGACAGAGUGUCUCUUUCUCUCUCACACAUGACUGCCCAACCCUCCCGCCCCGGGUGUGAUUUACGUCUCUACCAGCAGCUCUGGGCACUCAAACUAACCUGCUUGCACUGCUGGGGAGGGGUGUGUGACCGCUCUUGCGGCUUCCCUUUGCUUCCCCAUCAGUAGUCAUUUUUCUGAUGGGAAGCAAAGAAAUCUGCAGGGGCCAUGAAUUCUGCGCAUGCACAGUGACGCAGAUUUCCCCCAAGAGUAGCACAGGUAGUUGGAAAAUAUUUGGCAUGAGUAAUAAAAUCAAUAAUUUAGAAUAAACUGCUUCCACCCACCCAUCGCUCUGGGUUUUUAACAAUAAAAAGGAAAAUGUUAAUGCACGUGUCCCAUAAGCUUGCUCUUUCAGAACAUGGAGUUUUUUUUUAAUUUAAUCCAUUCCUAUAUUACAGUGGUUCCCAAACUUGUUCCGCCGCUUGUGCAGGGAAAGCCCCUGGCUGGCCAGGCCAGUUUGUUUACCUGCCGUGUCUGCAGGUUCGGCUGAUCACAGCUCCCAGUGGCCGUGGUUCGCUGCUCCAGGCCAAUGGGAGCUGCUGGAAGCAGCGCGGGCCAAGGGACGUACUGGCCGCUGCUUCCAGCAGCUCCCAUUAGCCUGGAGCAAUGAACCAUGGCCAGUGGGAGCCGCGAUCGGGUGAACCUGCGGACGCAGCAGGUAAACAAACCGGCCGGCGCACCAGGGGCUUUUCCUAAACAAGUGGCGGAACAAGUUUGGGAACCACUGCUAUAUUGGAAUAUUUGUAUUCAUCUCAUAAAGUGCCAUUUGAAUUACACAUCUUUAUUAGCUAUGAUUUAUUUGCUGACACUUAAUCUUGGUGUGUUUUUCUGAAGUCUUUAAGGAAAACAGUUGGUGUUGUCUAAAUAAAGCAACAGAAAUGUAAAAGUGAAACACCAUUUUUAAUUAUUCAUUGAUUUCCCCUCACUCCAAAUAUUUAUUGCUUAAGUUUUUGCAAGACAAAAUGUUGGUGAUACUGAAGGUAUGUCUACAUUGCAGUUAGAUAUCUGUGGCUGGCCCAUACCAGAUGACUUGGGCUCCCGCUCAGGCUAAGGGGCUGUUUAAUUGCAGUGUAGAAGUUUGUGCUUGGGCUGCAGUCUGAGCUCAGGGACCCUCCCACCUCGCAGGGUCCUAGAGCCCAGGAGCCAGACUGAGCCUGAAUGUCUACACUGCAGUUAAACAGCCCCUCAGCCUGAGUCAGCUGGCAUGAGCCAGCCAUGGGUUUUUAAUUGUAGUUUAGACAUACUCUGAGUAAAUGCCAUAACACUUUAAAAGGCUUUUACAAAAAACACCUUUACAUAAAGUAAAUCCACUGAGCUGGGUUUUCUGUUGGGCGGGUGGAGGAGGGGAGAGGAAGAGUUGGAGGGGGACUUGCGCCUAAAUUUUAAAAAGUGGUUGCCUAGUUGGGCUCCAAAAUCUAUUUUUAAGCACCUCAGUAAAUGGCCUGAUAUUCUCAAAUCAUGAGUAUACAGUAACUUUCAUUGGCUCAAUUGAGAGCCGGUAGGUGCUCAGUAUGUCUGAAAAUCAGUAAAUUAAGGCCCUAAUUCAGUAAAGCACUUAAGGAUGUGCUUAAGUCCUAUGUGAAGUAACUUGCAAAAUCAGGGCCUAAAUAUGUGCUUACGCUCAUAGCUUUAGAUAUCAAUUUCUUAAAAUCUUGACAUUAAUCUUAGCAAAUUUAUUAAUUAAAAUAUUUUUAUACUUAAUGUAGACUUUAAGACAAGUUGCAUUGCCUUAUAAGGAUUCCAAAGCCUUUUAAAGGAGUAUCAGACUCCUUCAUCCUAAAUGAGUGAUCGUCUCAUUUUGUUGGUCAAACUUACUUCAGUAAUUAUUUGUCAACCAGUAUUUAAAAAAAAAAGAGGGGGGGGAGAGGAUGCCUAGCAAAUAUCUUUUAAAUGUAAUGUGUAGAGUAUGCCUUGUGAACAUGGUCUGUGCAUUGGAACCAAUUAAGCAUUGCAUAUGGAGACUUGUAUUGUCUAGCAGGUUCUAUCUUGUUUUAGUUGGAUGGAAAGUAACUUGCAUCUUUGAGAUAAUUGAGGCCAUUGUAUUCAGUGAGAGUAAGGAAACAUUUACGUUCCUGGUUAACUUGUAAAUUCCUAAAGGAAUAUGAUGUUUCUAGGAAUGAAUGCAGACUUGCAUUUUGGGUUUUACUGUUUGCUUAUCUUAGAAUUUUCCUUUAAGAAUGAGUAUCUUGAAAACCCAAAUUAGAUAAGUGAUGUACAACUUCCGUAGGCCUCUAAUCAGCUUUUAAGGUAGAUAUUUCUGAAAGUACGAGACUUUAAAAUCUUGGAAAAUUGGUAGCUUCAUUUGUAUGUACCAUAUUUUCCUUAAUUAUUUCAUUUACAUUUUUAAAUUAUAUUAUCUUUAAGUGUUGAUAUUAAAAUGCAUAAUGAAUUUUUAACUGUUUCCUCCUCAGUAAGCCUAGAAUCAAAUUUUAGAACAUCAUCUAAAUGACCACUGAAUGUGCUAUAAAAUUAAUUCUUUGGGUACAAAUCAGCUAUAUUGUCUUCACAUACUAUAUUUUAAAUUAAAUUAACAGACUAAAACCAUUUGAAGAGUAAAAAUGUCACUUAAGUUUAAAAUUAAAAAUAUUUUUUGGUUACUGUAAUAAUGUUUAAAGGGAAGUAAUUAUCUUUUAUUUUGGUUAGAUAGAAAUGAUUUAGCAGUUCUCCAUUGUUGUGACAGUGCUUCUGAAAGAAGGCAGAGGACACAAUCCUGCUUCCGCUGGGUGUACCCCAUGUAGGGAUGAUAUAAUGGUAUAUAAUACAGAGCUUUAUGGAGCUCACAGUAUAGUAGCCAUGGUUUAAUAGUUAUCACAAAGGUGGAGUGAACACUAUUUUACUUAAUUUGUUAAACAAAUCUCAUGUAAUUGUUGCCUUGUUCUAUAUUAUCCUUGAAUGCAAUUAAGUCCACAUACUGUAGUGAUGUUUGUGCUCUGACCUACCCAUGCCCAACGUGAAAUGUAUUAUAUUGUAUACAAAAAUAACAUUGUAGUUAACUUAGAGAAGAUGUAAAUAAAAAUGAGAGAAGGGUAAAACAAGCAGAACGAUUACAUUCUUGUGUUUGUUAUAUGCCAAAAGUGUAGAAUAAUCUUUUAAAAUGUAACACACUAAUGUACCUUGUACAGCAUCUGAUUUAAAAGGUGCCUUAAGUUUACCAUGAAUGCUUUUUUCUGUACACAGAUUAUGUCCAAUGUAUCAUUUUUAAGUAAAUAACCUUAUUUUAGUA